AUGUAUCACUUUACAGCCCCUUCUUCCACAGACAAACUACCACCUUCAUCGGUCUCUUCGCAGCUUGACGAGGAACUCUUACAGCCACCCGCAAAGAGACGACGUAUUUCCUCAUCUUCAUUGAGCGACGCAGAAGACGACGAAGACGAGAACAGGCCUUUUGCAUCCCGAAUGGUGGGGACACACGUUUCCAGCAACGGCACUCGUCCGCAUGGAAGACGCAGCGGCAAGAAGGCGUCGAGUAUGAAGUCAAAAGCACAGACUGCUUCGGCGUCAAUACCGCCACCCACAGGUGAGCAACAAGCAGAGAUGAACGGGGAGUUUUUGCAGCUGAACGGACAUGAGCCACCGGUCAAAAUGGAAGACCAAUUAGACGAAGGGCAGCUGGAUCUGUUAGCAACAGGCGUAACCGUCGACACAGCCAGUGCAGCUACGAUCUCUCCCCCCCUGAAACCAGAGAAAAUUUCGGCAAAGGAGCUGCGGAAGGGUGUGAUCAAGAUCCUACCUAUCGAGAAUGAUGGGCAGCCGCGAUCGUUCGUCAUCCUGACGAACCUGAAGACGCUGUUCCAGAAACAGCUACCUGCGAUGCCCCGCGAAUACAUCGCUCGCCUGGUUUACGACUCCAACUCGAAAUGUCUCGCCAUCUGCAAAAGAGGAUAUAAAGUCGUGGGCGGAAUUUGCUACCGGCCGCUCCCCCAUCGUGGCUUCGCCGAAAUCGUUUUUUUCGCGACGGCAUCGGCAGAUCAAGUCAAGGGCUACGGUGCCCUGCUGAUGGAUCAUUUCAAAGCUCAUAUCCGACGGACCUACCCCCGACAUGAUGCAUUUUCUGACAUACGCAGAUAA